ACCCGCAGGCACGAGGUCUGAUAACACAUCGACAUUAAACCCAAGCAUGAUCUAGAUCACUUUUAUCAUGUGACCUUAGCACAUGCAGUUUGUUUUCUACCGUGUGGCCUUACAAAUUUAAAAGAAAUGGACAUCUCUACACUACAAGAUGCGUCCCCUAUCCUCAGGCCUACCUCAAUCAGUCCCCUGCCCACUUCCGGUGACACGGUUCCUCCUGUGCUACACAUAAAGGAUGUGACGUACACGGUACAGGAAUGGGAAGGCCCCUGGUGGAAAGGAGCUUGCUUCAGGAAACGACGAAAUAAAACAGUUCUCAACAAUAUAAGCAUGUCCCUCAAGGGAGGACUAAUAACAGCACUUAUAGGAAGUUCUGGAUCAGGCAAGACAUCGUUAUUGGAUGUGAUAGCUUGUAGAGGUGAAGGUCAACUUGCUGGUCAGUUGUACUUCCGGAACCAGCCAUGUCAACAGGAAGUGAUGAAGCGACACGCGAGUUACGUGAUGCAGGCAGACAAACUGCUUCCUAACCUGACGGUCAGGGAGACUCUAACUUACACUGCCUACCUGAAGCUUCCCGGCAAUAUGAGCAGCGCAGACGUCGAAUCAAAGGUGCAGGAAGUGAUCGAACAGAUGGGACUCCGCCAUGUUGCAGGUAGUCGUAUCGGUGGCCAGGUGACUAGAGGCGUUUCGGGGGGAGAGAAAAGGCGCGUUACCAUAGCAAUACAACUUCUACAGGAUCCAGAAAUCCUGCUCCUUGACGAGCCUACAUCCGGUCUGGACAGCUACACAUCCCGUUACCUGGUGAUGAACCUGGCGGAACUAGCUCACAGAGAGGGCAAGAUCAUACUGCUGUCGAUACACCAGCCUCGUUCUGAUAUCUUUAAAAUUUUGGACGAGAUAGCCAUCUUAACGCAGGGUCACCUAGCAUAUUUUGGGAAGACAAGUGGAAUGGUGCCUUAUUUCAGUGACAUUGGUUACCCAUGUCCCCGCUACUCCAACCCCCUGGAUGUAUAUAUCGAUGUGUCCAGUGUAGACAGGAGGAACAGUCGACUGGAAGAAGUGUCCCAGAAGCGAGUUGACAAAAUAAUAGGAGCUUACAGAGACUCAUCACUGUACAGUGACAUAAAGUCUAGCAUCCGCGAGUCCCUAGCUCAGUCCCCUGCUGGAAAUAGAGACAGUGUCGGCAGGAGACGUGGACCUCGCUGGUUCCGAGUUGUUAAGACGCUUGUCAGCCGGAUGACUCUCAACCUGUCACGGGACAAACAGGGCUUUCUGAACCGGAUUGUGUUGAUGCCAGCAUUUGUGGUGUUCAUAGCUGUAUUCCUGGGUCGCCUGAAGAACAACCAGGAGAGUAUACAGGAUCGGGCUGGUCUCCUAUACCAGUCAGUGUCAGUACCCACACACGUGGCCAUCCUCAACAUCGUGCCCUUGUUUCCCUGUAUUCGAGAGGUGUUCUACAGAGAAUGCCGUGACGGCCUGUACUCCACCACCACGUUCCUGGCCGCCUACACCAUCCAUAUGUUACCAUUCUCCAUCCUUGCCAGCGCCAUCUUCAGUAGCUUCUUGUACUGGGCAGUUGGCAUGUCGGAGGAUCCUGACAAGUUCGGGAUGUACGUGGGUGUUGUGUGUUUGCUGUACUUUGCUGGAGAAUUCCUCACAGUGGCUAACAUGGGUGUCUUCAUGGACUCACAACUUGUCAACAACUCAACCAGCCUCAUGUUCACAGCAUCUGCUGUUCUAUCAUCUGGGUUUUUGAGGGCUGUGCCCAAUAUGCCCGAGGUCUUCCGGUAUAUCAGCUAUGGAAUGAUUCAUAAGUAUGGUAGUGAGAUAGUCGCAGCCAAUGAAUUCAGUAGCCUCGCCCUGACCUGUGAACAAAAUACGAAAUUUGUUCCAUGUGUGUUUACCAAUGGCAGUGAGUAUCUCAACGUGGCCUUCCCCGGCGCUGUCGACCACAUCGACAGGAACUUCGGCAUCCUGACUGGGUUUUCACUCUCAUUCGUCGUCCUUGCUUACAUUGCUUUCAAAGUUCGUGGAAUUCCAAAUCUACAUUGAUUUCAAUGUUGACGCUUGCUCGAUCUAUGUGAGAUUGCGAAGGAAGUGUGACCUUACACCUUUAUUAAUUGUAUAUAUACUGAACAACAAAAGUUCCUAAGAUUUAAUGCAAAGUUAUGUUUUUUACCAAAUCUGAAACAAUUUCGGUUUGCAACAGAUAAAAGACUCCUGUAAGUGUUCAAAUGGUUUGA